CGGAGGUUGAUCGGAGGGAGCUUUUGCUUUCGACGGCAGCAACUUACACGAACAGAGGUCGAGCUCGCCUGCUGGGUUGUUGAACUUUUCGGGCCAAUUCCUUUAAAUUGCCAAUUGGGAUUUUUCUGGCUCCUCGGAAACUCUUUUCGUUAACUAUUGUCAAGAACCGAUUCCUGGAGAAAAAGGACUGCCGGACAGACGUUUCGACAACAAGGGAUUCUCUCUUCAUCUUUUCCGUGUUCCUUUCCAAAGCUCCCCACCAUGUCGUCGUUCAACAUUGUCGUCUUUGCUGGUGACCACGCUGGCCCCGAGGUCGUCGCCGAGGCCGUCAAGGUCCUCAAGACUGUUGAGGAGAAGAGCAAGACCGGUGUCAAGUUCAACCUGCAGGAUCAUCUGCUGGGUGGUGCCUCAAUCAACGCUCACGGCAACCCCCUGACCGAUGAGGCCCUCGCCGCCGCCAAGUCUGCCGAUGCCAUCCUCUUGGGCGCCAUCGGCGGACCGGAAUGGGGUCCCUCGUCACCGGUGAGGCCGGAGCAGGGUCUCCUCAAGCUCCGCAAGGAGCUCGGCACCUUUGGCAACCUCCGCCCGUGCUCGUUCGCCUCCGACUCGCUGGUAGACUUUUCACCCCUCAAGGCCGACGUCUGCCGCGGCACCGACUUUGUCGUCGUGCGCGAGCUGACCGGCGGCAUCUACUUUGGCGACCGUACAGAGGACGACGGCUCCGGGUACGCGCUCGACACGGAGCCCUACUCACGCCACGAGAUCGAGAGGAUAGCCCGCCUGGGCGCCCAGCUGGCCCUCGCCCGCAGCCCGCCCGCCAAGGUCUGGAGUCUGGACAAGGCCAACGUCCUGGCCACGAGCCGCCUGUGGAGGAAGGUGGUCGACGAGAUCUUUGCCAAGGAGUUCCCCCAGCUCGAGCUGGGCCACCACCUCAUCGACUCGGCCGCCAUGCUCAUGGUCAAGAACCCAAGGGCGCUCAACGGCGUUGUCAUCACCAGCAACCUGUUUGGCGACAUCAUCAGCGACGAGGCCAGCGUCAUCCCCGGCAGCUUGGGUUUGCUGCCUAGUGCCAGUCUGGGUACCAUCCCGGACGGCCAGAGCCGAUGCAACGGCAUUUACGAGCCCAUUCACGGCUCCGCCCCCGACAUUUCAGGCAAGGGCAUCGUCAACCCCGUGGGCACGAUCCUCUCGGUCGCCAUGAUGCUGCGUUACUCGCUGCGCAUGCCCGCCGAGGCCGAUGCGGUCGAGGCCGCCGUCAAGGCCGCCAUCGACGGCGGUAUCCGGACCAAGGACCUGGGCGGUAACGCCGGCACCAAGGAGAUGGGCGAGGCCAUCAUUGCAGAGCUAAACAAGCUGCUGUAGAAGUGCUGUACGAACAAGAAACCAAAAAAAAGUAAAAUGGGAAGAAAAAAAUGAUCAAAAAAAAUUACCGGCCCACUGUCCAAGUUGGAUGAACAACGGGUGUCUUGUUGGCAGUUGGGUUUUUCUGUGUCGUGUGGUGUUUGAGGAUUCACGAAGUAUUCACAAAAAAGGGAUGCGUUUCCUACUAUUUGUCAUUUUGGGAUGUUUUCACUGGGCCUAUAUUCCAGUUAACGCUGAUGCAGACUAAUAUUUGAAGAUGACGGCAUUUUGUCGACUGCUUGUGUUACCACAUGUUCAGGGUCAUGCAGUGCAUACAUGCCACAUGCACCAGCACCCGGGCUCAUUGCACCAGUAUCAUUUGUCUUGGUAAGAACCUGAAAACAUAUUUACAUUGUGCAGCCAUACAUGCAUGGUAGCUAGCUAUUGAAGUAUGACCCAACAAAACCUUCGUAUACUGUCGGACCAUGCAAAGGACUCUCUCGUGCCACAAGAGACCAAAUGAAAAAAGAAAAAAAGCCAAUGGCCUUAAAACACCGCUGCGCCGUC